AUGCAUGAGCAGAACAGACCCAAGUCCAACACUAAACGCUGCGUUCGUAUCCGAUUCGAAUUCUUCUCUUCCACAUCCAAUUUACCAAGUCUUGCAGACUUCCUCAUAGGCUGCUACUCCCUUGUUCAUUUCCAAGCUCUUCGCUUCGCUGAUCUACAAUUCGGCUUCGGCUUCCGCCCCGUCCUCCUUCCUCCUCAGUCUCCUCAGCACCCAUCAGAUGAAAAGGUACAACGCAUAGAGCCAGCUUUUCAAAGUGCCUACCCAGAUGAGACCGAUAUUCUGACGAGGUGGCCAAGGGCUGAGUGCAGAACGGACAAGUCGUCCCCCGCGCGAAUAUUGUUUGAAUUUCACAGCCGCGAAGAUAUUGCUCCAUUCGCGCAUCCAGUCUGCGAUCUGCAUGUACACGCGCAAGGUGUUCUCCGAGGGCUUCCGACGAUUGAAAAGUCUGAUUGCAACCCUCGAUAA